AGAGAUGCAACAGUAGUUAGAGUGCUGUUAAGUAGUUGCGCAUCACUGACAGGCUGACGGAUUCCAACGCUUAGGAAACCAGGGAAAGUCCGAUUUUUCUUUCCACACAACUAAAUGGCUCGGAGUUACAACCGAUUCAACAUAUGUAGAUGAGUGAUUCGUUCUUUUUCGCGUUUGGGUUCUGUUUGGAAAUGCAAACGAUUACCCGGAUUUAAAUUCAGAGGCCUGACACUCCAGCAGCCAUGAAUUUGUGUAGCUUUGUGGGCUCUUUGCUCCUCCUUUUCAUCAGCAGGAUCAUGGAAUUCUCUGUCGCCAGCACGGAGGAGAUCUUGCCUCCCACAAUUCAGAAACUGAUGAAGGGAUACAACAAGUACCUGAGGCCGUUCUUUGACAAUGGACCUGUUACUGUUGGCAUGAGUUUGGAUAUCGCCAGCAUAGACACUAUAUCAGAAAUCAACAUGGAUUACACAGCCACCAUCUUUCUUCGUCAGCGCUGGACCGAUGAACGGUUGUGUUUUGAUGGCAAUAAGAGCUUGAGUCUGGAUGGGAGACUGGUGGAACUCCUAUGGGUCCCUGACACGUUUAUUGUGGAUUCCAAGAAAUCCUUCCUGCACGACAUCACUGUCGAAAACAGACUGAUCCGGAUAUUCCCCAACGGAACUGUGCUGUAUGCCCUGAGAAUUACCACCACAGUGGCCUGCAGUAUGGACCUGACCAAAUACCCCAUGGACAGGCAGACGUGCACCCUUCAACUUGAAAGCUGGGGAUAUAACGUGAAAGAUGUUGUGUUCCAUUGGACUCGGGGGAACCAAUCAGUUAGUGGUCUUGAUCAUUUACAACUUGCUCAGUACACCCUUGAGGAUCACUACACUUCAGAAUCUGAGGCCGUUUAUGAGACUGGUAACUACCCUAAAUUGAUCUUCCACUUUAAACUCAAGCGGAGCAUCUUAUAUUUUAUAUUGGAGACGUACGUUCCUUCCAGUGCUCUGGUGGUCCUGUCCUGGGUCUCAUUCUGGAUCAGUCAGUCUUCAGUCCCAGCUCGCAUCUGCAUAGGAGUGACCACAGUUUUGACUAUGACCACCCUGAUGAUGGGGGCCCGCACCUCUCUACCAAAUGCCAACUGCUUUAUCAAAGCCAUUGAUGUGUAUCUGGGCAUCUGCUUCAGCUUCAUCUUUGGCGCACUGAUUGAAUACGCAGUCGCCCAUUUCUGCACAUUACACCAGCCAAACGCUGCUAAUGCAUAUAUGUAUGGCCAGGAAAUGCAGGAGCGUGAGGACGAAAUGAAUGGCAUUGUUACCUCCAUUGGCACGCACGCUUUGCGGGCCCGUAAACGGGAGGAGAUGCUGUCCCAUAUGGGCAGCACCAACAGCCCCACCACUGGUGACAGUAAUGAGGAGAUCAGCUCGUCACAACCGCAGAGCCACUGUGGCAAGUCCAUGGUGGUGGCACGGCGAGUUGUGCGCUGUCUGAACUGCUGUAAAGUGGAGAACCCACACUACAUCGACAACUACUCACGACUGACCUUUCCUCUCUCCUUCAUCUUCAUUAACCUCCUCUACUGGACCUACUACCUGUACUUCUAGAGCUCCUGCUGUCUGUGUAUGUGUCAGGAGGGCCACUACUGGGCUGUGGUGGUCAUGGCCCUGGCCAGAUUUUCAAUCUGCUUACCAAGUGUACUGUAUGUCAGGCAAUGAAUUUUAAUGCAAUUUUUUUAUUCUGCCCUGCAUGAUUCCCUUAAGUGUCCCUGUUCAACAUUAGGUUAUAAUUGGCAAUAAACAUGAAUAAAUUAUAAUUCAAGAGCUGUGGUUACAAAUGUCAUUGACUUGUUUUGCUUCUUUUGGUAACAUCUAAAUUAACUGGUUUUAUUCAAGUUAAAAAUAUUAUUUAUUCUGACUGAAUCAACCUGACUUAAAUAAAUAGUUCACUCAAAAAUGAAAAUUCUCUCACCAUUUAUCACCCUCAUGCCAUCCCAGAUGUAAACUCAGCAAAAAAAGAUUGCCUGUAAUGACAACAAGCUCAGCCCGAUGAUGCUGUGACACACCACCCCAGACCAUGAUAGACCCUCCACCUCCAGAGUACAGUCCUCGGUGUAACACUCAUUCCUUCGACGAUAAACGUGAGUUCGACCAUCACCCCUGGUGAGACAAAACUGCGACUCAUCAUUGAAGAGCACUUUUAGCCAGUCCUGUCUGGUCCAGCGAAGAUAGGUUUGUGCCCAUAGGUGACGUUGUUGCCGGUGAUGUCUGGUAAGGACCUGCCUUACAAUAGGCCAACAAGCCCUCAGUCCAGCCUCUCAGCCUAUUGCAGACAGUCUGAGCACUUAUGGAGGGAUUGUGUGUUCCUGGUGUAACUCGGGCAGUUGUUGUUGCCUUCCUGUUCCUGUGAUGCAGAUGUGAUAUUCGGAUGUACUGAUCCUGUGCAGGUGUUGUUACACGUGGUCUGCCAAUGCGAGGACGAUCAGCUGUCCUUCCUGUCUCCCUGUAGUGCUGUCUUAGGCGUCUCAGUAAGGACAUUGCAAUUUAUUGCCCUGGCCACAUCUUAGCAUGCCUAAGGCACUUUCAUGCACAUGAGCAGGGACCCAGGGCAUCUUUCUUUUGGUGUUUUUCAGAGUCAGUAGAAAGGUCUCUUUAGUGUCCUAAGUUUUUAUAACUGUGACCUUAAUUGCCUACCGUCUGUUAGUUGUUAGUGUCUUAACGACUGUUCCACAGGUGCAUGUUCAUUAAUUGUUUAUGGUUCAUUGAACAAGCAUUGAAAACAUUGUUUAAACCCUUUACAAUAAAGAUCUGUAAAGUUAUUUGGAUUUUUACUAAAUUAUCUUUAAAAAGUGUCCUGAAAAAGGGACGUUUCUUUUUUUGCUGAGUUUAUAUGACUUUCUUUCUUCUGCAGAACACAAAUUAAGAUAUUUAGAAGAAUAUCUCAGCUCUGUGGGUCCAUAC